CCGUCAUAUCUGAUUGAUCCGACAAAUUUUCAUCUGUACUAUCUUUUUCGACGUCAAUAUGGCAGCUGAAGACGUGUCCACAGAGAGGUGGGUAGAAUACAUCAAAUUGGAUGACAAGGAGGAUGGAAACCUUGUCCACGCUUGUACCUGCCAUGCUUGUCACACCAUGCUGUUGGUGACCGGGUACAUGCUAGCCUGCGGGCAUACUCUGUGCUCCGGCUGUCUGGAAAACAUCACAGAGUGCCCGCUGUGCAAGUGUGCCCGUACGAUCGCCGGCCCAAACAUGGCUUUAAGGUCAUUGGCAUUGCGCCUUAAAGCCACUUGUCAGUUUGGGUGUGUCACUGGAAAUGUGGAGGUCAUUCUGAAGCACCUGAUGGCCGACUGCCUUCGGGUGACGGUUGUCUGCACCCACGCUGGCUGUGGCGCCCUUGUUCCAAGGAAGGAGCUCAAGGACCACAGGGACAGCUGUGAGUGGGCGAUAGUACGCUGCCCUUGUGGGGGAGAGAUGGAGCGACUGGAUAUCUCCGAGCACCUGUCCACCGUCUGUCCUAAGGGGAAUAUAAAGUGCCAUAUGGGCUGUGGCGCGACGAUCCGAAGGUGUGAGGCGUUUGGGCACCAAGCGACAUGUCCUGACGCAGUUGUCCCCUGCACUGUACGCGGAUGUCCGGAGAUCGUACGUCGCCGUGAGUUGGCAGACCACAUGGCCAAGUCCAUGGAGAGACACGCUCGUGUCGCUUCAAACUUGGCCAUGUGCCUUCAGAGGCAGCUUGUUACUGACAAGUGGGCGGGGGAGAUGAAACCAAUGGCGGUGGCGGUGAAGGGGCUGGAGAUAACCAGUUUCGCCUGGUUUCUCCAUCCCUUUAAGGCGGAGCUGUUAAAGGGCAGGGAGAAGUUCUGCUCCCCUGUCUUCAGGGCCCUGCAGGGGGGCUGGCGGAUGGUUCUGGAGAAGACCCCUGAGGGCGUCUGGCUGCUGAGCCUGCUGCUGACCACCAGAGUGGAGUCCGCGUUGGUGCGAUUCAAGUUUGUUCUUCCGACCUGCUCCCAUGAGCGGGACACUGAACACUUCUACUUUCCCCAUGGAGGGGUUGUGUUCAGGGAGGGACAGGCUAGAGGCGGGAACGUGAAAAUGUCUCAAGCGGACUUGGAGACUUACACAACAAGCAGGGGGAUGGGGGGUGAAGUUUGCCAGGACUGUCUCCUUAUCCACCUAUACAUCCAGGAAGUGGACACAGUCCAGAUUUAGUUUUUACAUACACUGUCCAAUAGUUAGGGGUUAAUGACCAGAUCCGAGGUGUAUAUGCAUACAACAAGGUGUUCACAAGCGUUCAACGACGUUGUACAUUUUACUCUGUACCAAUUCUCUCUUGUUUCAUCCUUACAUCAUGUUUGAAAGUCGUGUUCUUUUAAAACUGCUGGCGCAUGAUGUAUUGAUAGGCCGUCUGAAAUUAACAUAUGCACACUUCUAGCACCUGGCAAGUUUAACUAUAGGAAUGGAAAGAUAACACAGACAGGUAAAGUUAGCACAAGUGUUUGCAAAAUUUACCCUGAUAACUUGUUUGAAUCAUAUCAAAAGAAUGUCCUGACAAUCUGAUGUUCUCUAUGGGGCUCACAUGGUCCACAUUAGACCAUGAAAUUAAGGGAGUGUUUGCAGAACUUCUCGUGAAGCAGGCUUGACAAGUGAGACCUCUUGUACAUGAUCAACCAGUUUAAAAUUACACUAGGGACGGUCGCGUUUCCCCACAGAAACAAAAACGUAUCUUUUUUGGGGGGGGGGGCAUAAAGGGCAUAAAAUUCUAUGAUUUUCAUCUACGUGGGUCUCAAGACUAUUUGAAUAAUCUCUUCGUUUUGUUAUGAUCCACCCUCUAAAUCCACACGCGACAUUGUUUUACAUGUAUAAUUAUUCUCUCUUUCGACCCGGAAACAAGACAGCUCCAUAUGCUUUAUUGCAAGUUUCUUUUUUUGCUUUUCUAUGCAUAACGAGAAGAAGGGAGUUCAAAUGAUUUACUUUUCUAUUCCAUGUUUAAGUUGAAGAAGCAAGUCAAAAUGCUGACUACUUUUGUUGUACUUUCUCCUUGUUCCUCAAAAUUAUCAACAGUUAUUAUUUCAAGUUUCUUUGUACUUUUUUUUACAUAUAAGGUCAAGAAGCGAGUUCAAAUGAUUGACUUUUGUAGGUUUAAGUGAAAGAAGUGAGUUAAAAUGCGGACUAGUUUUGUUGUUCUUCUUGUUUGUCAAUUUUAUCAACUGUCCUUUUUGAAAGUUUCUUAGUACUGUUUUUCUACGUAAAAGUUCAAGAAGCAAGGUCAAUGUUGACUAGUUUUGUUGUAGAUCUUGUUCAUCAAUUUUAUCAAAUGGCAUUAUUGUAAGUUUCCUUAUUUUUGCUUUUCUCGUUAGAAUUUCAGAAGUGAGUUAGAAUGCCUCGAUGAAUACAAGAUAUUCCUAAAUGUGA